UCUAAGCUGACUCAUCUAAACCCUAAACCUUAUAGUAACUCUUACUAGACUAGAUCUAAAUUUACAAGUAGGCUAUUAUCACGGCUAAUCUAUAUCAAAUGUAAAACAAAAAUAGUCAGUUUGGCAUCGAUAAAACGAACAGUAAAGGUAUUGAUAAUUAUUUGUGGCCGUCUUUAUAGGCACAAAGUAGUCUAUAAUUUGUUACAAAGUAAAAGGCCUAAAAGGAGUCCUGUGGCACUGGUAGAUCUACUCUACACUCUAGAUUCUAGGGUAUACCGAUUCUAGAUCUAUUAUCAUCUAGAAUCUAUACUAUUAUCAUUAUAUGUAUAUACUAUAGUAGGUACUAUAGUUUUAUAGACAAUAUAGUAGUCAUAGUCUGUUGUGGGUGUACAACAAGACAAGAGAAGAGUCGAAGAGACAGGCACUGAGACUGAGAGUUGCUCAUUAACUUUCACUUUCAUUAACUUCGUCUUCGCAAGAAUACACUCACUAUGCCACUGCACAACACGCAAAUGCUCUCAGGGAAUAUUGGAUGCUAUAUUUGCAAGCAUCUUAACUAUCAAUCAGUGGCUAAAUUAUCCUAUUCUAGACUAAGACAUUUAGUGCCUAAAAGAUGUAUGUCAUCACAAGCAGAAGACUUUUCAUCAGAAGUAGAGACAAGCUUACAGAAAGCUGAUACCAGUGGCAAGUAUGUGGCUAAAAAAUCCUUACCCAAACUGAAGGAACCAAUAGUGAAAAACUUUUUCUUAGGGAAAUUAGAGCGAUCUAUGCUGGUCUAUCCAGAGCUAACUAAAGAAGAGUUAGAUCAAGUUAAUUCAGUUGUAGCACCAAUUGAAAAAAUGUUUUCAGAAAUUGAUUCCAAAUCUAUUGAUGCCAAUGCAAAGAUACCCGAAGAUGUUUUACAGCAGCUGAAAGACUUUGGGCUGUUUGGUCUUCAGAUCCCAGAACAGUAUGGAGGCUUGAAUUUAAGUUCUACAGCUUAUGCCAGGGUCACUGAAGUCACGAGUACAGAUGGCUCUAUAGCAGUCACACUAGCAGCUCAUCAGUCUAUAGGUCUUAAGGGUAUUUUAAUUGCUGGUACAGAGAUACAGAAAGAGAAAUACUUACCAAAAUUGGCCAGUGGAGAGAAUAUUGCUGCUUUCUGCUUAACAGAACCAUCAAGUGGUAGUGAUGUGGCUUCAAUAAAAACCAGAGCCACACUAUCAGAGGAUGGAAAGUACUGGAUACUAAAUGGUAGUAAAAUUUGGAUUUCAAAUGGCAGCAUUGCUGAUGUGUUUACUGUGUUUGCCAAAACUGAAAUCAAAACAUCAGAGGGAGAAACUCAAGAGAAGAUUACAGCCUUUAUUGUGGAGAGAGCGUUUGGUGGUAUCACAAGUGGGAAGCCUGAAGAUAAACUUGGAAUUCGUGGAUCUAAUACUUGUGAAGUUCAUUUUGACAACACACGUGUACCUACAGAAAAUGUUCUUGGUGAAGUUGGCAAUGGUUUUAAGCUUGCCAUGCAUAUUCUUAACAGUGGUAGAUUCUCCAUGGGCAGUGGUGGGGCCGGUGUACUCAAGAAAUUAAUAAAUUUGACAGCACAGCAUGCCAUUACAAGAUCUCAGUUUGGUGAAAAGCUCAGCUCCUUUGGAUUAAUCAAGGAAAAAUUUGCUAAGAUGGCAAUAUCGGUGUAUGCAAUGGAAAGUAUGUCUUAUUUAACUGCACACAUCAUGGAUGAUUACCUUGAUCCUGACAUGUCAAUUGAAUCUGCUGUUAUAAAAAUCUUUAGUUCUGAAAGUUGCUGGAACUGUGUCUCAGAAUGUCUACAAAUAAUGGGAGGCUCAGGCUACACAAAAGAUCUUCCUCAUGAAAGAUACCUCAGAGAUUCAAGAAUCAUGCAAAUAUUUGAGGGAACAAAUGAAAUCUUGCGUCUUUUUGUAGCUCUUCAAGGAUUGCAGUUUGCUGGCAGAAGCAUGAAAGAUACCUUUUUAAAACUCAGAGAUCCUCAUCAAAAUCCACUUUUAAUGUUCAAGAAAAGGUUUAGACGAUCAAUGGGUAAAGCUAUAAUAGCAUCGACAGAGCCAGAUCUGUUUGAAGAGGUUCACCUCGAAUUGGAGAAAGAAGCCCGAAUACUUUCAUCUUGUCUUGUCAGUUUAGGAAUGGCUGUAGAAGACAUCUUGCCAUUGUAUGGAAAUAAAGUUGUGAAUGAACAAAUGAAACUUCGUAGACUAGCAGAUAUAGCCAUAGACUUGUAUGCUAUGUUGGCAUGCAUUGGUAGAGCUUCAAGAUCUUACUGUAUAGGUCUCAAAAACUCUGAUCAUGAGGUAUUACUGACAAGAUCUUUUUGCUAUGAAGCAGAUCAAAGAAUUAAGAGAAAUAUUUAUGAGCUCACACUGCCUGGAGAAUCAAAGAUAGAAAUAGAUGACAUAAACAGACUAAUUGCAGACAUAAUGUUCAAGUCUAAUGGUUAUGCUGCCGAGCAUCCAUUAGCCAGAAAUUGGUGAUGUGCUACAGACGUUACUUUUUCCCUGAAAUAUCUUGACUAUACUGGUAGCCCCAACUUUAGAAUAUAAAUGUGUAGAGCACUGUUUUGUUUGUAUGUGUAUAUUAACAUGGAAUUGUUUUAUGUGAUUAUUAUUUUUGUCCAUGAAGAUGAUUUGAAAGGUUUUAACUGUUUUUGAAGUACUAAAGAUUAAAAAUUACUGGUACUUA